UCCAAUCGAACCACAACAUCAGCAGAAGCAGUUGCCCCGCUGACAAGUCAAGGAUUACGUGAUCUAAGCUAAGUGUAAAAGAGACCCAAAGACUCAAGCGUUUGCCAUUGUCAUUGCCGUUGCCAUGCGUGCCUUCUCGCUCCUUGUUGGCUGCGUCGCCCUGCUCGGCGCUGUCCAGGCCCGUCCUGAGCCGCCAUCGCCCUACUAUGGAUUACCACAGCAGCAGAGUCAGCGUGCGCUGCCAUUGAAUGUGCAUAAUGCGCCGUCACACAUCUACCAGGCGUUGCCCCAGGAGCAAUCGUUCGCUAACUUUGCCGCACAGCCUGCUCAGCCACAAAUGAACUACCUGCCACCCGUUCAGCAGCAGCAGCAGCAGCAGCACCUGCAGCCGCAGCUGGAAGAGCAGCUGGCACCCGCCGCUGAGCAACUGAGCGCCUAUGAUGACUCCUACAACAUGGCGCAUCGCUUGUCGGGCGUGCAACAUGCCAGCGGCUAUAACAAUGCACCACAGGAGACGCGCGUCCACAAGCACAUCUAUGUGCAUGUGCCGCCCAAGGAUUUUGAGGAAGAGGAUGCGGUGCAGCCACGUGUGCAUCAUGAGCUGGGACCCAAACAGAAGCACUACAAGAUUGUGUUCAUUAAGGCGCCAUCGGCACCAGCGUUGCGUGCACCAGUUGUGCCACCGCCACCACAGAACGAGGAGAAGACUCUGAUCUAUGUGCUGCACAAGAAGCCCGAUCAGGAACAGGAUAUUGUCAUACCUUCACCGCCACCGACCAAACCAUCCAAGCCCGAGGUCUACUUCAUCAAGUACAAGACCAAGAAGGAGGAGGCGCCCGUCUAUGGACCACCGCCUGCCGAUAUGGAACCGCGCCAGUCCACCGCCGAGGACUUUGCACCCAUGGCCGAUGUGGCCGAUGUGCUGCCCACAACCAGCGCACCUGAGUCGGAGCAGCCCGAGCAGCCUUCAUCCAACUACGGCCCGCCCACCGCACCCGCCUACACGGGCGAGGAGGUGCAAACAACGCUGACCGCACCCGCCCAUCAAUAUCUGCCGCCUGCAACGGCAUCCGCUGCUCUCAGCAACAUUGAGGAUCCCUCCAUGGCGCCCAUCGUUGUCGAGGAGCCCGCCGAGCAGCGCCAGGCCAUAGAGGGGCCAGCACCGACGUCCGGCCAUGUGCCCGCCUCCAACUACGGUCCACCAAGUCGCUACUUCCUGAAGAAGCUCAAGUGAAUCCCAUAGUGAAUCCCAUAGUGAAUCUUGUAGUUAGUCUAAAUGGCGUGCCACGCCCACAAGCGCACACACACUCACACACUGCUCCGUACCCAUGCACAUAUCGCCGCGUGUUGCUUUUCCAUAAAAUUUGUUAAAUUGUUUGUUAAACUGUUUGUAGUCAAUAAAAUUCGAAUUUACUAAACA